GGAGAACCAGAAAUGGUAAGGCGCGUGCUCAUCACGGCCCACCCAGUCCCUCGAUAGCGUUCCUCUUUCAUCCUCCAUCGGCAGCGAGCAGCUAAUCUGAGCUCACAUCUCGUCUUACUCUUCGCCAUUGACGGACUGAACGAGAGCUCACUGAGCUGAUCGAAUUGUGUAGAAAUGGGGCUGGGGUUGUUAGCUUCGAGGGCUCUUAGAGCUAAGCUCCUCCAAAACCCUAGGUCCGCCACAGCAUUUGCCCGCACGAUCGUCUCCACGCCCGAGCUCCAGAGCUCCGAGGCAUCGGCGGCUCAGGCUCAGCCCGAUCCCACCCCGGAUCUCCCUCCCAGGAAGCCCAUCGGCGGCGCCCGGGUCCACUUCCCCAACCCUGAGGAUGCCAUUGAGGUGUUCGUCGACGGCUACCCCGUCAAGAUCCCCAAGGGCUUUACUGUCCUGCAGGCCUGUGAGGUCGCCGGAGUUGACAUCCCCAGGUUCUGUUACCACAGCCGGCUAUCGAUUGCCGGAAACUGCCGUAUGUGCUUGGUCGAGGUCGAGAAGUCGCCCAAGCCUGUUGCUUCUUGCGCUAUGCCUGCUCUUCCUGGAAUGAAGAUCAAGACUGAUACACCAGUUGCCAAGAAGGCGAGAGAAGGGGUGAUGGAGUUUUUAUUGAUGAAUCACCCCCUUGAUUGUCCCAUCUGCGAUCAGGGUGGAGAGUGUGAUCUCCAGGACCAGUCGAUGGCUUUUGGGUCUGACAGGGGAAGGUUCACUGACGUGAAGAGGUCUGUGGUUGAUAAGAACCUUGGUCCUUUGGUGAAGACUGUGAUGACUCGUUGUAUCCAGUGCACAAGGUGCGUGAGGUUUGCAACAGAGAUUGCUGGAGUUCAAGAUCUCGGCAUGCUAGGACGUGGUAGUGGAGAAGAAAUAGGGACUUAUGUUGAAAAGCUCAUGACAAGUGAACUUUCUGGAAAUGUAAUAGAUAUUUGUCCUGUUGGAGCCCUCACCUCAAAGCCUUUUGCAUUUAAAGCUCGAAAUUGGGAGUUGAAGGGAACAGAAAGCAUUGAUGUUACUGAUGCAGUGGGAUCAAAUAUCCGAAUUGAUAGCCGUGGCCCUGAGGUCAUGCGCAUUAUUCCUCGGUUAAAUGAGGACAUAAAUGAGGAAUGGAUAUCAGACAAAACUCGUUUCUGUUAUGAUGGUCUAAAGAGGCAGAGGCUUAAUGACCCUAUGAUUCGUGGUGAUGACGGGCGCUUCAAGGUCGUGAGCUGGCGUGAUGCCCUCACCAUGGUUGCUGAUGUCAUCCACAAGGUUGCACCUGAGCAGAUUGUGGGGAUUGCUGGGAAACUGGCUGAUGCAGAAUCUAUGAUAGCGCUUAAAGAUUUCUUGAACAGAAUGGGGUCAAAUAAUGUGCUGAGUGAAGGCAAUGUGAAGCUACCAAAUGCUGAUCUGAGAUCAGGAUACAUAAUGAAUACUGGCAUUGCCAAUCUUGAGAAGGCAGAUGCUUUCCUUUUGGUUGGAACCCAGCCAAGAGUAGAAGCUGCGAUGGUGAAUGCAAGGAUCCGGAAGACCGUUCGGGAGUCCCAUGCUAAAGUCGGCUACGUAGGUCCUCCCACAGAUUUCAACUACGAUCACGAACAUCUUGGCACGGGCCCAAAGACUCUCACUGAGAUUGCAGAGAACCGCCACCCAUUCUCUUCUAUCCUGUCGAAUGCCAAGCACCCCGUCAUCAUUGUCGGUGCUGGCCUCUUUGACAGGGAGGAUUCAGAUGCAAUCUUAUCCACCGUGGAGACCAUCGCCAAGAAUGUCAAAGCUGUCAGGCCUGAUUGGAAUGGUUACAAUGUUCUGCUCCUGAAUGCUGCUCAGGCAGCAGCACUUGAUCUUGGGUUGGUCCCACAGUCCGCUGACAGCAUCAAGUCCGCAAAGUUGGUGUACUUGAUGGGUGCUGAUGAUGUGGACUUGAAGGAUAUCCCAGAUGAUGCAUUCGUGAUCUAUCAAGGGCAUCAUGGCGAUCACGGUGUUUAUCGUGCUAAUAUAAUUCUUCCCUCCUCGGCUUUUACUGAGAAGGAAGGGACAUACGAGAACACUGAAGGGUGUGCUCAGCAGACUGUCCCUGCAGUUCCUACUGUCGGGGAUGCCAGAGAUGACUGGAAGAUAAUCCGGGCUCUGUCUGAGGUGGCAGGAGUUCAGCUGCCUUAUGAUUCCCCUGUCGCCAUCCGGUCUCGGAUCAGUACCGUGGCUCCAAACCUAUUGAGCGCGGACGAGAGGGAGCCUGCCACUUUCUCGACCACUACGUUGAGGCCAGACGUAAAGCAGAAGAUGAGUGCGAAUGAUUUUGGCACCGCAGUAGAGAACUUUUACAUGACCGAUUCUAUCACAAGGGCUUCAAAGAUAAUGGCUCAGUGCAGUGCAAUGCUUCUGAAGAAAUGAUUUGUUCAGUGAGUCCUUUCAUUAAUUAAACCAAUAAAAGUCUGCAGAUUUCUCUCUUUGUUCUUUUGUAGUUCCAAUGGUCAGAGCAUUGGCCCGUGUAAGAAUCUCGGAUUUUGAUAGUGCACAGAACUUGGUUGCAAUGCCAUAAAUGGAGUUGAACGAUAAAUGGCAAUGUCAUCUGUGGAUUGUGAUGUAGGUUUCUCCGCUAUUUCAAUCUUGUGAUAUAUGGCCUUUUACGGCAAAUUUUCUUUUAAAAGCUG